UGCAGAAUCUAAAGAGAAAAAUGACAAAUAGUGAAAACAAUCUUAUUUCUAGUGAUAGUAGUAGUAGUAGUAGUAGUUGUUGUGGCAGUGAUGAAUACACAUCUGAUGAGCACACAUCCGAUGAGCAAGAACUGAACAAAGAAGAUUCACACUUUUUAUUUGAGCCUGCCAAGAAAACAGGUUUGGUUUGUUUUCUUUUGUUUCUGUAAAAAACUAAAUUUUAGUGUACAUCUUGUUAACACUAUUUUGUUAUGAAUAUUACAGGUAGGUUUAAACUUUGUGCUAAAAGGAGUGAUGGUAUAGUUGGAGAAUCUGUUAAUCAAAAGAAGAAGCAGUUUUCAAUGACUCCAGCUCAUAAAAGGAAAGCUUUAUCUAGGACUCAAAACUUCAAAUCCAAAAAUCCAUAUUUCAAAGUUGCCUUACAAGAGACACAUGUGCAACGUUAUGACAUGACGUUACAAGAAGAUUUUUGGAAAAAAAAUAUAGGUGAUGGAAAAUGUGAACAUAAUGUAACUCUAUGUGUUCCUCCUGAGAAGAGGAAAUGGCAUUUAAAACUUCAUAUUACUAGCCACGGUACACCACCAAGAGCUUGGUUCGACAGAAGAGGCUGGAAGGAAUUCAUUGGGAACAACCAUUUGAAAAUUGAGGAUGUCUUAAUAUUUGAAUUGAUUGAAAAAACUGAGCAAAUCAUUAUGUUCAACAUUAUCAUAUUCCAAGCCACCAAAUGUGAUCGAAACAGCCAACAGUUACAAUCUCAUCAAGGCAACAAUAUUAUAAAGUCUGGGAUAACCAAUUCCAACGAUCACAACAGCAAGUCUUCAUCUUCAAAGAGUGACAAAUUUUUGGGAGAAGAAAUCAAACAAUCUUAUCCCAAUUUUGAAGUCACAUUGGGGGAAUCUGUUGAUGAGAUGCUGCAGAUUUCCAAUGUAAGGACUUAUUUUCAAGUAAAGCCAGAAAUCGCAACACUCCAAGUGCUGAAGAAAUGUUGGAAGGUUGAUUUGAGAUGGGGUUUAUCAGAUGAAGUGAUUUUAUAUGGUGGUGGAUGGUCUAAAUUUGCGAAGGAGAACCGGCUACAUCCCGGAGAUUCUUGUCUAUUUGAGAUUGUUAGGAAUGAAAUUGAUAAUGCUUUGUUCAAAGUUACCAUUACUGUUGAUGUUAGUUGUUAGAUUAGAUAACAUUCACAAGUACUUAUUCUAAGUAUUAAUGACAGUAGUUGUCUUAAUUUCCUCUCUAACAGAAGAGACUUAAGUGUUUAUUUUGAUUUAGAAGUUUCUGAAAGUUAAUUUUUAGAGAAUUUGGAUGAAUUUGAAGCUUGUUAUUAUGUGGAAGGAAACUGAUUAGAAGUUGUUUUAAGCUGGCCUUGAAUGUAGAAAUGUUCAAUGUUUACAUUUUGUUUAAUUAUAGGUUAAUAAUUGUUGAGAAACCGUUGUGCAAAUGACCGUGGUCUCAUUAUGAUUGCAUUAAAUUUUUUUAACCUGACAUUUAUAUUGAGUUGAUUGUAAAUAUAUUGAAUUCAACUAAACCGACUAAUAUUCAC